AAGCUGAUAGUACUCCACAAACAUCAGGUUAUUAGACAGGACAGUUGAUAAACAAGUAUUGGAACAGACUGUUUCACAGAAACCAAAGUGAAUAUUAAUCAGAGGAGGCUCGCUAACGUCCCUGCAGUCCCUAUGCGAAACACGGCAUGGCAGAGAGACAGGACAAUGAGGUGGAGGAGGCUGACCAGAUCUACCUGCUGAUGAAGGAGGAGUAUCGGAUCUCUAGAAAUGUGCGUCUGGCGUGGUUCCUUGGUAAACUUAACCAAGUCAUCUGGCCAGCAUCAAAGCCUGAACUGCUCAACUCAGAGAAUGAAUUAGACUUGCUGAGUAUUUUACCUAAAGGAUGGCAGGCAGAUUUCUCCCCCACCAUGUACCCCUACAAGUUGAUGCCAUCCACUCGAGCCACCUUCCUGGCCCGGAGGUAUCGAUUCAUUAUCGAGCUGGACCUCAGCCCCUCCACAGGGAUUGUGGAUGACAGCACAGGAGAAAUGAUCUUCGAUGAGGUGUUUCACGCCCUGUCGAGGUGUCUGGCUGGUCUUGCUCAACCAUUCAGAGUUCCUGGAACUGAUCAACUUUUCAAGCCAAAGAUCUUCAUCACCAUCUUGGCGUAUUCAUCAAUUAUUGGCCUCACUUCCCAUCAGGUUUUGGUACAGGGCUGUCAGCUUGACAGAACAGACCUCGUCGAGUUCCUACAUCACAUCUAUCAGCAGCUCAGAGCAGUGGAGAGUAACAUCGCAGAAGUCCUACAUCAGCAGCAUGAACAGUCUGUGGAGCCAGUCCAAAGCUCAGACCUCUAUAGCAACAACCUGGAUUAUCAGCCUCACAGGAAGCAAGGGAUUUCCAUGGUGUCAGCCGAUAUGGGUCUGGUCAGCAUGGUCCGCCAGGGCAUCCUGGCCCUUCAGUUGCUGCCCCCAAACUCCAGUGCAGGUAUCAUUAUAAUCACAGAUGGAGUGACGAGUGUUCCUGAUGUUGCUGUGUGUGAAACCCUGUUGAACCAGCUCAGGAGUGGAACCAUUGCCUGCUCCUUUGUGCAGGUUGGCGGUGCAUACUCCUAUGACUGCAGCUUUGGCUACAUCCCCAACGUAGAGCUAAUGAAGUUCAUCUCAUUAGCCACCUUUGGAUCAUAUCUGCCCAGCUGUCCUGAUGUGGAUCUUAACAGCCAGGAGAUGAAUACCUACCACAAGGCCUUCUUAACCUACUCCUUCCUUAACAUCCCAGAGUCUUUGAACUCUGAGUACUUCUGUGGUGAGACAGCUAUAAAAAAGCAUGCAGAGAAGGAAGUCCAUGCUCAUUUAAUCAGUGUGGUGUCUGUGCGACUGAGAGAGGGCUAUACCAUCAGAGAGAUCAGCCUCACCAAAGGUGGGACUCAGCUCGAGGUGAAGCUGGUGCUGUUAUGGAAACACAACAUGCAUAUCGAGUACCUGGUAGCUGCCUCAUGGCCGUUGGACCCUGCCAAAAGAACCACUAGAGUGGAGGUGACUAUGGAGGGAAGCUACGACAUCCUGCAUGACAUCAGCUGCACCCAGAGGAAACCCAUCACCAGCCCAUACCGCACAUCUGUCAUCCGACGCUUCUGGAACACACUGCAGAGCAUCAACCAGACUGAUCAGAUGUUGGUGCACCUCCAGUCAUUUAAUUCAGUUCCUGAGAACUACACAAUUCCUGAGAGCACCAAAAAUGGAGUUCCUCUGUUCUACAUCCCUCCUGGCUCUACCACUCCGGUCCUGUCCUUGCAGCACAGCGGAUCCAAAGACUCCUCUCAGUCCCAGUUUGCGUCCUAUUGGAAGCCCAUCCUUUCCAUGGAUGCCAACUUCUGGCAGAGAUGGCUGCACAUGCAUCGCAUUGCUAUCAUCCUUGAACAUGACAUGCCUGUCCCCAAACAUCUGCACACAGCUGGAAACAAUGGGCGUUACAGCACCAUUCAGUGUCGGAUCUCCCACUCUGCCCUCACAUCACUGCUGAGGGACUGGAGCAGCUUCGUGCUGGUGGAGGGAUACUCAUAUGUUAAACUCAUAUACAGUGCGUUGGACCAGCCUCCAACCUCCUUCUAUCUGGUCCGUCUCAUCUCCAAGACGCCUUGCAUGGUCCUGCGUCUGGGCUUCCCUAUCGGGACACCAGCCCAUGUUAGAAACAAGAUUGUAGAUGAGCUGCGAGAGCAGAUCCUCAAACUUCGCUUCCCUCAUCGUGUUCAGAACAAAGAGGUGACGCCGAAGACCAAGAGGAAGGUUGUUGGUCAUCCAUCACCAUCCAAAUCUCCAUCCAUCCCUGCUCCCAAACCUGCACUGUCAGACAGACCCUGUGUGGUGGUGCUCAAUAAGCCUCUAGAGAAGCUGCUUAUAAGGUAUGAGAAGCUCCCAUUGGACUUCAGGACUCCCUUCAUUUUCAACAUGGAGAACUUUCCUCAGCCCUCCAACAGUUCCGUCCCCCUAAGCAUGGCAGCCAACCGGACAGCCUCCUCCACCCUGGCAUCUCUGUCACGCUACUUCCUGCACCAGCGCUGGGUAUGGGCCGUGCAGAGCAGUCAAGGAUCGGCUGUGGCCAUGCAGGCUGUCGCUCACAUACUGUCCAUGCUCUCUGAGAUCCGCAUAUCAGAAGGCUUUCAUUUUGCUGCCAGUGGAGAGGGCAUUGUUAACAUGGUGAUUGAGCUGCCAAUGAAGGGCAUGUCAGGAGACACGGACAGAGAGAGUCACUCUUGUAUUGUUCAGUACAUCCUGUUUCCACCUCACUCCACAUCCACCAAGGACAGCUUCUCCACUGAUGAUGACAACGACACUGAGGUGGAAGCUGUAGACGUGGACUUGGAGCUGAACCUUGUGACAGAGUGCUGGGUAGAACCACAGAGCGGUAUAGUGAUGAACUGCAUGGACCAGCAUCGCCACUUUCAGGGCCUGAAGUACCAGGAGAUCCCUCAAGCAAUCUAUCCAAAGGAUCUGGCCUGUAUGUCCACCAUGAUGACCUUUGAGCAUUUGAGCCAGUUGUGUCAGAAUAAAGACCAGGUCUGCUCACUGCCAGCUAGACCCAAGGAUGUGACAGGAGAAGCCCUGGCCUCUGAGGACAGUAUUCACAUGGUUCCUUUCCAGUUUGACCUCAUUCAGCUGCUCCCAAAAUGCCAGCAGGUGGAAAUCUUCUUCCUCACAUUCAGUACAGCAGUGGAGAAUGAGGAGCAGAUUUACGGCUCCCCCUGUCUGCCCAACGAGCUCCUGCUUAGUCUCUUCCACAGCAGCCUGGAGCAUGAGCUCAGUGACCGAGAGAUCCCGUUAGCUGACAGCGACCAUGCUGCCUUCAUGCAGCAUAUCUUAGAGCGAGAACGAGACGGUUUUGUUGCUCCUUUCUCCUUACCUGUUAUUAAAGAGGAGUUUGUGAAGCCUCCAGACAGACAGGACACCCUAACGUCAUUCCACACCACUGGCAGCAGCAAAGAGGUGAUGGGAUCUACCAGCACUUUACAGAGUUUCAGUAAUGCAGACCUUGUGGGUGAAGAGCCUUUGCUGGGGGAGAGGAGCUGCUCUGUGCCACAGUGGAGGUGCUACGCCAAAUACAUCAACUCCCAGCAGAUUCUCCUCACCUUUCUCCCUGCCUCCUUCACUGAUGUUCUGAUGUUGAUGGUGUCAGGGCUGGAGACAGAGCCUCAGAGUAAUGUUAACACACAGGAGGAUGACACUUUGACUCCUAGCAACAAAUCUCAGGCUGACUCCCUAUCUGGCUCCAUCAGCGGGCUGGAGAGGUCUGAAUCGGGCCUCAGUAUGGCCAGUAAACUGCGAAGGAGCUUCAGCAACGGACUCUUCACUGCCAGAUCCCCUGUGCUCUCACCACAGUCUGAGGGCCAGACUGGAGCCGCUGAUUCCCUGGUCCUUGACCAGCAGAGCUGGGACAGCAGAGUGUCAGAGACAGAGUCUGGGACCCCAGGCUCAGAUCUGGUAGAAAAAGAAGGGGUCCAAUUCUCUGAGCCGCAGAAGGCAGAUUUACACAUCAGCUUCAUCAGGCAGGUCUCCCAGCAGAACACCAGCGACAGCAGCCAAUUAAAGUGUCCAGUCUACGUCUACAACUGCUCUCUGGAGCACCUGAAGGAGCAGCUGGUACAUCCCAACUCCAGCCGCCAACCUAGGGACAUUUUCUUCAGGUCACUGUCUCAGGACCGCAGUAGUUCUUCCCCUUGGACUGACCUCCUGGCUCAGCCUCACAAACACAAGGAGCUCACCAACUACUGCAGCCUGCUGCAAGAACAUUACCACCAGAGCUACGUCAAAGGUGUGUACCGCAGCCUACAGCAGUCCUACAGCAUCAGCUCCCAGGAUGUCCUGAUGGCCAUGGACUACUGUGAGGAAUCCCUGCAGGAGAUUGACGUCACCUCCUUCCUGCAGACCCUCUGUGGACACAUCAGGAUCUUUAGGGAGCAUAGUGUGACUCCAGGAUGGGGAGGGAACCCAAAACCUUCAGGGAGUUCUGCUGCCUUCAUCAUUGGAGAGGUUGAGGAGGACCUAUCAGAUGACAGGGUAGCCGUGGCAUCCUCAUCCAGUACUGAAAUGGAAGAUGCUGGUGAAGCUGAACCAAGAGGGAAGACCUCUGCUCCUACAUCUCCACUGAUCCUGGAUGACUCCAAGACAGCCAAAAUCCCAGAGUUCCCUCUGACACUGCUUCAAACACAGCCCACGUGUGAAAUAUAUCCAGAUCUGCACAACAUUAUACAGGAUAAAUUCAUGGGGAUCGUGUCUCAGUAUUUCAAAACUGUGCCCUCCAAUCCACACUACUACUUCUACUGCCCAUCUUCUUGCAAGAAAGAGGAGGACUCAGAGGAUGGUGAGAGAGGGAGGAGGCCAAGUGAGGAGCUGGUGUCAGAGGCUGAGCCAGCUACAGAGGAUGAAAAUCUUUCGGGCUGCUGCAUUAUGACGGAAAGCGACACAGAUUUGGUGGUAGAAUACGAGGAGCAGGCGCCAGGCGCCAUUUCCCACAUAGAAGGUGACGACCAAUCCCUGUCCGACUCAAACACUGUCAACCAGGACCAGGACUCCUUCAGUAUCCUGGAAGGAGACUCCCUGCUGGAGCCCGAGGGGCCACAGCUGGACAUGCCACCGCUGUUUGUUCAUAUCACUUGCUCUGUCAAUAUGAAAAGCUGCCAUGGCUCCAUGCCCAUACAAACACUGCCUACCUGCCUGGGUGAGAUUAUUUCCUGCCUGGAGAAUGCUGAAGCCUUACAGUCUUUGGAUUUGAAUGAGCUUUCUGCCACCUUAGAUAUUUUUGUCCUGACACUACCUCUGGAGAUUGAAGUCAUGGCUGAUUUCCAUCAUAACAGGUACACCUCAGAGAGCAGUGUGUCCUUGAAUCGUUCACCAGGACAGCCCUCCUCCUAUCGCUCUGAUGAGGAACUGAUGGCUGUGUUGGACGGUCUUAGGGGGGCUGGCGUUGAUGAGGUCUCUGGUGAUUCCUUAUCCAAACUCCCAGUUCCUCACAAGUUAGCUAUUCUGGCCACAAUGGACGAGAUUCGCUGGCUGCUGGAGGAUGAGAUUGUUUCUGCUUUGCGUCACUCUCGGGUCAUCAGCUCGGACACUCUACAGAAAGUAGCAGAGCAUGUUUUGCGCUCCACGGGUCGACCACAUUGUCACUGUGAAGAUGUCCCCCUUCAGUUUGUCUUCAGGCCUGAGCAGUCUCUGGAAAAAUUCAAAGAGGAGUUCCGCAGAAUAUCUUUCUGUGGCUACAUGUUGAAUGGAGAACAGUGCAGCUUCUACUACAUGUCCCUGAGCAGACUGCACCCUCAGAGGAUCCACGCUACCAAGAGGCUGUCUGAGAGUACUGCAGACCCCCCACAACACAUCAACCUCUGCAGUGCUGGAGCACAGAUGGAGGACGUGAUGCUGGAGAGUGAAGCAGAGGCUCACGCAGAAAGCGAGAGUGAAGUCAAGAAGUCCAUCACUAUUGCUGCUGACACUCCCAGUGACACAGCUGCAGAGGCCAGUGAGCCGGUCAGUGCCUUGAGGCUGGAGACAGAUGACACUGUUUCUCAGAGCUCAGUUAGCAUGGCGGGGGACAGAGGUCAGCCCAGAACCCCCCAGCUCCACACUGAAUGCUGUAUAGAUGCCACCUCACCACCAAAGACGCCGUCCAGUGUCAGCCUGGCUGAGUCCAUGCAGUCAGCCUCUCACAGCUGUGGCAAACUCAGGCCGAGCCGAGUUCAGAGUGUUGUCUCCAGCCAGGGCAGCCUGGACUCAGACAUGCAGGGUUACGAUGGUGGGAGCAGUGACUCUGAGUGUGAGAGCCCCACCCUGGAUGAACAGGAGUGUCAGUCACCACUAAUGCCCGACUUCUGGCUCAUUGUCAAGAUCCACCAGGAUAGAGUAAAAGUCUACUCCCAUUCCAGGUGCUUCACAGAAGGCAAAGAGGUCAGUGCUGAGGAGUUGGAGAAGAAGGAAGAAGAGCAGGAACUGCCUGAAUACUUACACUUGCAUCAAAUGGUGGUCAGGAAAAUCGGUGAAAUCUGCAGAAUAGUCAAUCAGCGCAUGUUGCUGCAGGACCUACAUGACAGCCAUGUAUGUAACUCUCUGCUGGUGGCUGAGAGUGAGGAAGACAUCUGGAAGAAUGAAUCUCUCUACAGGCAGAGGCUCAACACCUCUGAUGAUUACAACACAGAUGAGAGCUACCAGGCCAGAGACUAUCUUGCAGCCACCAUGCAGUUCAUCCCUGGACAUUUUGCCUGUGACGUAGUGUGGAGCACAGUCAUCCACAUUCACCCACGCCUCAAGAUGGGACCUAACAUGGGGGUAUCCAGGGCGAUCCAGGCCCUGCGCUCUGUCCUGAACUCUUUCUGUGUGGUCAACAGGAAGAACAUGUUUGUCUAUCAGGAGCGUACAACCAAAUCAGUCUUCUACCUCAGACUCUGUGAAACAUCACUAACAGGGAAAUACUCUGAUCUGGAUGGAAACCUCUACAUGACUCGCUCUAUUGGGCUUGCUAGGAGUCAAGAGCCCCUGUUUUCUGAUGAAGUAAUGGGCUCCAGGUCUUCUCUGGAUGGCUCUCGGCCAGUUGGACAAGUAGACAAACACAUCCUGCUGCUUGUGCAUGGUGUGGGAAAUGCAGGUCCAGAGAUCACAGACGAGCUGGUCAAGGUGCUGCGCAAGCGCCUGGAUGAGACCACAUUGGACAUCAUCACUGUCAUGCUUGUGAGGAACUGCAAGCUGACACCAGCUGAUGUGGAGUUCAUCCAGCCAUCAGGAUCUCCAGCCACUGAGGUGAUGAACUUCAGUCUCCCCCAGUACUGUCUUCCCUGGCUGCCCGCUGUGGCUCACUACCUCAGGCAGAACCUACUCAUCUUCCUGCAUGUACCCAAGUACACUGACAGCAACACAGCGCACCACUUCAAGCACUACUGUAACCUGAUUGGUGACUUGGCCGAUGGUGAUAUCUACCUCUACAACAAACCUGGAGGCCAGGGGACUGGAGGCAAAGGUACCAUGUCGGAGCUGGUUCAGCAACUCUUCCCACCUUCUCAGUUUAAAGGUAUCGCCUGCAUCACCCUCUCAUUUGUAGACGGCCAUGGUCAUCCCCUUCAGGUUCCAGCUCAGGACUGUGCUGCACCACAGAAAUCGGAGAACUGCACCACCCUCCUUCAUCCAGACCAUUUUGAUGAGCUGACUGCUGUGGAUAAAGUGGACUUCAUCAACAACAGCUCAGGUACAGAGCCACAGCUGUAUGUACGCUUUGACAUCUGGGAACAAGGCAACAUCAGCCCCUUACAGCUGAGCGAUAAACUGCAGGGGGCACUACGCCAUGCACUCUGUGAUGUUGUCAUGGAGCUGAGAGUCUUACCAAAUCCUCUUUGUCUGGGGGUGUUUUGCCCAGCAACCAAAGCUCAGAGAGAAGAGGCUAAAGGGCUGUUGAUUCCUUUGCCUGAGGUGAAAGAAUUAAAGGACAGCCCCAGGCAACGCAGUGGCUCACGGGUCUUUAAAACCAGCCCAUCUCCCAUCACCCUAACCCAAGCUGCAGGGGGAAGCCCCAUGACAGGGAGCAGCACACCCGAGGCCACCACACCCACCAGCAAGAGCACCCGCCGGAGCUUCUGGGACAUACUGAGUAAGCCAGAUUCAUCAGAGCUUGGGAGUCCAAAGACAACCGAUGACAUAGUUCAAGAAAAAGGAGAGGAGGGCCGAGCAGCACGUCGAAGACACAAGACAGAGAACGUAAAGCAGCAGUGGAGCCAGGAGAAAGCUAUGGCUGUGGAGCUGGAGCAGGUCCAGAGGAGGCAGGUGUCUCAGUUGGAAGAGGGAGACGCAGGCACUUUACACCCCAUCUACCAGGUUACCUGCCAGCCAUGGAUCACUUUCAUGGCUAAACUUGGCUGCCCCUCCAUUCAGCAGUGCACGGCUGAAACGGCUUCACACUUCCUGCUGCCCUCCAUCUUGGCAGAGAUUGUCAAUUUGGUCAGUUCUCUGGCCAGUGAUACAACAGUAAAGGCAUUUGAAAAGACAUGCUGUCCCCCAUCUGGAGACAUAUUUGUACCAUUCCCUCUUGUCCAGAACCUCAGCCAGCCUCCAGAUUCCACAAGGAGCUUCAUUCUCAUUGGCCGCAACUUCCACCAGUGGCACUGUAGCACAGAGCAAGAAGACAGUUCAGAUGAGGAAAACACCGCAGUGCUAAAUAGGUUCACACCUCAUAAGGGCUUCCAGCGCUUCGAUGCACUAGAGCAGAGUGAUUGGAUAAGUCCUAGCCAGGCCGGGGCUGGCCUGGCUCCCCGCCAGAGAUUCCUCUUCAUCAGCAUCCUGGACAAAAAGGUGACUCUGUACAGCUAUAACUGGUCUGUGGACCUGGGCGCCUCUCUGAACCGUGAGCUGGUCCGCCUUGUCAAGUGGCAGAAUGCGAGGGCUCAUGUUGUCCACUGCCUGCUCAACCAGAAGAUGGGCCUCUUCCAUCACUACUGCUUCUCUGAUACACCCGUCCAUGAAAUGGACUCCAAGCAGGAUACCAACCCUUUCUUAAGCCCCUCCAUGGAGCCUGAUGCGUUGCUGCGUAGUGCAGUUCCUCCCCUGCCCAGUAAAGAGCAGGGCAGGCUGGGAAGCUCUGGCCGAAGUCUUGCUCCUCUCCACUUCCCCUCCGAGUUGCUUCCCUUUGACGAGGCUCUGAGGGAUGUGUGCACCAUCCGACCCUUGAUGGAAGGGGAUGUUGUGGCCCAACAUGGUGGCCAGCUCUUAGAGAUCAAAGCUGCCGAGCGGAGAGAACUGGAGAAACAGAUGAAGAUAGAAAACCUGUUUGUGACUUGGCAGCAGAGGUCAGCACAGUCCAACAUGCCCAUUUCAGGGACAGAUUUGGAGACCCUGAAACAGUCGUCCAGGCUCGUCCACUACUGUGCCACCCCUCUCCUCUUUGACUCAAUCUUCCGCAAGCAGAUCCAAGAGGAACAGAUUAUUCAUCCUCCAGUGAAGAAACGCCAUCGCUCCAGCGACUCCACAGCGUCAGGUCGGGACCGAAGCUACAGCACCGACUCAGCUGACAUGCUGCCCAGCCGACUAAAGGAAGAAUCCUGGCUGCUUGAGAUUUCUAGCAACUUCCUCCAGCAGUAUGUCCAGUACCUUCAGAGCAUGGGCUUCAUUCUUGUCCAGGUCCGACCUCAGUCUCCAGCCCGCAGCAUUGCCCGGGCCCGUGCUGCCAUGCUGAGCUCUAUGUCAUCGGAAGGGAGGAUGUCAUUUUCUUACGUAAAGCAAAAGAGUGAGGACAGCCCUAAGGCUACAGCAUCUGGAACCACCGCAUAUCACCUCCAGAGAGCGUUGCCAGGGGGGAUCGUGUUGAUGGAACUGGCUUUUCAGGGGUGUUACUUCUGUGUGAAGCAGUAUGCGCUGGAGUGCUCCCGCAUACCCAUGGGCCAGACAGUCAACUCCCAGGGCAGCCUCCUCACCAAACCUCGUUGCAAGCCGUUUCCAGAUGCCACCCCAGUAUCUGACUGUGCGCUCUCCAUGCUCUUCACUGAGGAGUGUGAUAAGGUGCGGGACCUGAUGCAUGUUCACUCCUUCAGCUACGACUUCCACCUGAGAGUGGUUCAUCAGUACUUGGUUGGCUGUCACAUGACGCUACGCCAGGGCUACCAACUCACAGACUUCCUAGAUGACUUCAUCACCCAUCACCCAGACAUUCCAAAGUUUGGCCGCAACCAUGUCUUCCAAGGUAGCUUCUCUGUCUCCACUGGGAUGAUAACUGCUCAUCAGCUCUACAACUAUAUCACUGAUCAUGCCAGCACCUACGGCAUGAAGCCGCUCCGCAUGUCCAAGGCUGCAGUCACCACUGACAGCAAGAAAGGGACGCCUGACCUGCACGAGUAUGCACUAGUGGCUUUGUGGAACAGUUCGGGUUCUUACAAGGAUCUGGAGGGCCUGCACCACCAUGACGACUUUGACGUGUCCCUAGUGGUGUGUCACAAUGCUGCCCCCUUUGAGGAACAGUCAGAUGGGGAAAGGCAUUUGUUGAGGUUGCGGUUCUAUGUAAUCAUGACAAGUCAGAGAGAGCUCUUCCCACGCCUCACUGCUGACAUGCGCCGUUUCAAGAAGCUUCCUCAGAUCCACCGUGAGCCUGGUGAGCUAAGUGGCCGACUCCCCCCAGAUCGGGCAGAGGCCUACGGGUCAAGAGGUGCCGAACAGGACCUCUGGGAGGAAACGCCAUCUGAAGCUGCAGCUGCCUCAACUCCUAGCGACGGCAAUGAGUUUUACCCUCUGGCUGAGGGUGGACCAGAGGCUCAGGGGCUACUCUACCCCUCCCCUCUGUUCCCUCUGCUCAACAACGAGGUGGUGUCAGCCCGCAGACAGAUCCAGCUGAGUGUUGAGCAGGCCAUGGGCCACUGCCGCAGGGAUAACCUGUGGAGGAGGCUGUUCCACGGAGAGCACCUGGCCCUGGACAAACUGAAGCUGACAAAGCUGUCAUUCAGCGAGCUGGAGGAGUUGCUGGAGGCUGUGCAGAGCCGCUCUGUGGGGGAGAUUGACCCACAGCUGGACUGUUUCCUGACCAUGAGUCCAGCCUGGUACCAGAGUCUCAUCAAAGUCCUGCUGAACCGCUUCCCCCAGAGCUGCAGACACUUUGAUGACAACGGCAUCCAGUAUCUGGCUGUUCUGAACCAGAAGUUCACUGACUGCUUUGUUUUGGUCUUUCUGGAUGCCCAAGCUGGAAAAACAAGCCUUAAGGUUGUGUUUCGGGAGCCAUUGCCAUCGCAGCAACAGGCAAGCAACAGCCCUCCUCCCCAGCUGGUGUCCAUGUAUCAUCACCUGGAGUCUGUCAUCAACACUGCCUGCUAUAACCUCUGGACAGGACUGUUAUAAAGCAGAUUGUUGGAUUUACCUCAACUCAUGUUCAUGUGAUCAUCGACAUAUGGAUAAAGGAAGUACCAUUAGAAGACAAUAGAGGACAAGAUUUAAAUGAGUCCAUUUGGGGAAAAUCCUCUUGACAGUAUGCUCUCCCAGCAGCUACAGAUCACUUCUACCUUGUUCCAUGGGGCAUCAUACUGGACAGUGAUGUUAUGGUGUUCAUGCAUUUCUCCGUUAGUGCACAGGAAGCACUCAGAUCUAAAUGGAUCUGACAGAAACCAAAACACACCCAAACCUGUUGAGAAGUCUAAAUAAAAAUAAAAUCGCUCUAGCCUGAUUUGCCUCACAGUGGAUAAACUCUUUACAGCGGUGAGCUGUGUGUACAUUUGUCAAAAAGCAAGCAGAUCACAAGUGUUGGAGCAGUUUGCUUCACUCCAAUACUGUGUCAGAUUUCUUUGUGCACAUAGGGAGUGCAAAUAAUGUGUAAAACUGCCCAUGGUGGAGUUUAUUGAGCCAAGCUUACUGCAGUGUAUGAGCUGGUUUGCCACAGUGUAUUAUAGCAGUGGCACAGAACCUCACCUAAAUUAAAGAACACUUCUGCUAACAUCAGAAGAGAAAUGGAUUCACACUUGCAUAAUAUAGAGACUCAAGAUAAAUUAGCAGAGCUGCACCAUAAGCUGGGUAGACACAGUGUUUUUAUUAAUCUUGCACAUUGGGUUAACUCACAAAUGAGCUCCGAAUUAUGUCAUUGCAAUCAGAUUCGGCUGUUAAAUGUGAAUAUUUAACUUUUUUUCUUUUUUUUUUUAACCAUAUAAAUUUUUACUUUGAACAGGUUCAGCAGGAUGUUCAGUGUGACAAUGGCAUUUACAUAAUAUAGUAAACAAGCUAAAUUUGCUAACAAAGCUUUGGAAAUAUGCCACAAUAACAUUGCCAGAAACUAUUAAUAAGUAUGUGAGCUGUAAAUUAACCACUUCCAAGCAGAAAAGAGAAGAUUAUCUCUGCCCGCUGCAUCACAUCCACAGCUGACUAUGCCACAGUGUUGCGUGAAAGUCAAGAGCGCUUACUCUACAACAAAAUCUGGGGACCAAACUGUCCUCAGGGGCACACUGUACAACACACUGAUUAGCAAAAAAAAAAAAAAAACACUGCUGCUUGACUCCACCCACCCACCACCUCUGCUAACCAACCAACCAGGCAAAAGCUAGUUCGGAUUUUUUUAGGUGGGGUCGGAGUUGGGCUGGAGUCCAACACGGAAUUUCAGCCACUUAAAAAAAAAACAAAAAAAACAAAUCAAUACCAGUUUAAGUGUAUGCUAUACUGAGAAUAUUGUCACUGCUUUAUCAUUUCAUCAGACAGCCUGUCCUGAUGGGAAAGCUAAUAAUGGCUUCAGUUUCCCACCCAUGCACUCAUCAAAGCCACCAGACUCCAUUGACAAAAACAGUAAUUUUAGUUCGCUGAACACAAAAAAAACUGUACCGUACACCUUUCAUACUUCCCAGCUUCAUUCAUAGGUCUGUAUUAUCAUGGAUCUUGUGCCUUCUGAUAGCAUUUUGCUCACUCUUCAUACCACAACAGUGUUUUUAUGAGAGAGAGACAGCUGAGAUGUCAGUGUGCAGAGUGGGAUGGCUUUUAUGUUAGAUUUUCAAUAGUGUCAAACCUGUUACCCACUUGAACACCACUGCCGUACUUGGUAGCCUGAAGUGCCUUUCUCUGUUUUUUUUGUUUGUUUUUUUUUUAUUCCCAGACCUACCACAUGACACUGAUGUUGAUCCAUCAGCUCUGUAUAGCAGGUAUUUUGAAAUACACUCCUCAUGUUACGCAGUGAACAUGCCCAAAACAGUUUGGAGACAUUUGACAGAAAUUUCCUUUCAUACGUAAGAAAAUGGUCAUAUCAACUGUGAUGAUUUGCAUAAUAGCAUGCCACAUGUCAUCAGAGCCAAGUGUUUCCAAAGCAUGUUCAAGGUGAUGAGUGCCACUGGUAAUCACACUGAAAUUUAAAAGAGGACAUGAAGUCAGCCUGAUACAAGUGUGACAUCACUACAGACAUAAAGGCUUGAUAUCCACUGUAAUACCUUCAUUAAUGACCUGCUGCGCAGCCUUAGAUUUCUAGACAUUUUACUGGAAGGAAACCACGUUUAAGCUAAUUUGUGGAUGUAAAACGAAGAAAUGUGGCGCGAAGCUGGGUUGUCACUGCCCAGAGAACUCAGUCUCAAUGUGAAAAACUGGAUACUCAAAAUGCAAAAUGUGAAGUUAGCCUUUACCAUUCUGACUGUAAUAUAAACCCUGCACUGUCUCUAACUGUAUAAUCUAUAAUAUGUAUGUACAGAAUACUUAAUAGUGUGUGAAAUGCUAAAUAAAGCCGUAGAAUGAA